AUGGAUUCCGGAGAAAAGCGCCUCAAUGAGCUUGGAUACAAGCAAGAACUGAGAAGGGAAAUGUCUCUGUUCAAGACACUGGCAAUAACAUUUUCAUGCAUGUCAGUGUUCACCGGUACACCCCUCUACGGCCAAAGCUUGCGUUAUGCGGGUCCGGCAACCUUGAUAUGGGGGUGGCUUGUUGUCACAUUCUUCACAUGGUUUGUUGGAAUCGCCAUGGCUGAGAUAUGCUCCUCUUUCCCGACCACUGGCUCUCUUUAUUUCUGGGCUGCUCAUUUGGCUGGACCCAGGUGGGGGCCAUUUGCGUCAUGGUGCUGUGCUUGGCUUGAGACCAUCGGUCUAGUAUCUGCAAUAGGUGCUCAGGCAUAUUCUGGAUCACAAGCAUUGCAGAUGCUCAUUCUAUUAGCCACUGGGACGAAUAAGGGCGGAGGCUAUUUUGCAUCCAGGAGUGUAUUUCUGUGCAUGUAUAUGGGUCUGACCAUCGCAUGGGCUGUGCUAAAUACGUUUGCGUUACAAGUGAUAGCAUUUCUCAACAUAAUUUCCAUAUGGUGGCAGGUAAUUGGUGGCUUGUUAAUGAUCAUAAUGCUUCCUCUGGUGGCACAGCCAACACAGACAGCUUCUUAUGUCUUCACUCAUUUUGAAACAUCUCCUGAGGCAACUGGAGUCUCUAGCAUACCUUAUGCAGUGAUUUUAUCAGUGCUUCUAAGCAACUAUUGUCUAUAUGGCUAUGAUGCUGCAGCUCAUCUUACUGAGGAGACAAAAGGAGCAGAUAGAACUGGCCCUAUAGCCAUUCUGUCUAGCAUUGGGAUUAUAUCAGUGUUUGGUUGGGCGUAUUACUUGGCUCUCACUUUCAGCAUCAGGGAUCUGGACUAUUUGUACAACGAAGACAAUGAGACUGCUGGUGCACUUGUACCAGCACAGAUAAUAUAUGAUGCAUUUUAUGGGAGGUUCCACAAUUCAACUGGAGCUGUGAUUUUCCUGGGUAUCAUCUGCGGUUCCUUCUUCUUUUGUGGGCUGUCUGUUACCACCACUGCUGCCCGAGCAGUUUAUGCUGUAUCAAGGGAUAAAUGUCUCCCAUUGUCACCAAUCUGGAGGAAAGUGCACCCAAGAAGCAAGGUUCCAAUAAAUGCCGUGUGGCUUUGUGCAGCCAUCAGCAUGCUGCUGGGAUUGCCCAUCUUGAAACUUGAUGUGGUGUUCACAGCCAUCCUUUCAGUUAGUACAAUAGGCUGGGUGGGCAGCUAUGCUGUGCCGAUUUUCGCUAGGCUGGUCAUGACUGAAGACAACUUCAAACCAGGGCCGUUUUAUUUGGGGAGAGCAAGAAGGCCAGUUUGCUUGGUGGCCUUCUUGUGGAUAUGCUAUACCUGUUCAAUCUUCCUGUUGCCAACUUCUUAUCCUCUUAGAUGGAAAACUUUCAACUAUGCACCGAUUGCUCUCAGUGUUGCUUUGGCACUGAUAAUGCUUUGGUGGGUUUUGGAUGCAAGGAAAUGGUACAAAGGACCGGUAAGAAACAUCGAUGCACAAAACGGAAACCAUUAG